AUCUAUUUAUAGGGUUGAGCUAGGUUUUUUGUUCUCUUUUUUCACACUCUCUGUGGUGCCUCAAAUAAAAUUGCCUAACAAAUCAAUUCGAAUUCUAUAGCCUGAAAGCUUAGUCACACGGUAGACAACUUGCAUGCAAUCCCCCCCUUUUUCCCAAAUUAAUUUUCUCCAAACAAAAACAAUCUUUGGUGGGUUUUGUAUAAAACUAUCAGCAACCAUUAACAGCAAUAACAGAUAACGAUGAAGUUGGAUGUUAACGUUUUGAGAUACCUUUCCAAAGAUGAUUUCAGGGUCCUCACUGCCGUUGAGAUGGGCAUGCGCAAUCAUGAAAUUGUACCUUGUGAGCUCAUUGACCGUAUUGCUCGCCUCAAGCAUGGAGGCACAUAUAAAGUGUUGAAGAAUUUGCUAAAGCACAAAUUAGUGCAUCAUGAUUCUUCUAAAUAUGAUGGUUUUCGACUCACCUACCUUGGUUAUGAUUUCCUUGCGAUAAAGACUUUGGUUAAUCGCGGGAUAUUUAGUGGCGUGGGCCGUCAACUUGGUGUUGGAAAAGAGUCUGAUAUUUUUGAGGUUGUAAAGGAAGACGGCACAGUUCUUGCAAUGAAGUUGCACAGGCUUGGUAGAGUUUCUUUCA